UGACAUGCCGUUCGGGUCAAACGUUUGUCGCAGAAAGAACGUUUGUUUGCUCCUGAUUUUGCAUUCUUUUGGGCGUGACAUUACUAAAGAGUAGGUGUAAUGGAUUCCGAUGAGGAUUUGGCAAGAAAGCUGCAAGCUCAGUUUGAUGAAGAGGAAAGAAUAGCAAGGAAGCAAGAAAAUGAAGAUGCAAUCUUUGCCCAGAACUUAGCAUCACAGUCACAUGAUAUGUCUGAGAGUGAUGAGGAUGUGGUGGAAGUGAACAGGAAUGAGGAAGUGCCAGUGCGGGAAUUAGUAGAUUUAGACAGUGAUGUUGAAGAUGCUGAAAAAGAAGAAGGGUCUUCCUUGCAGAUGAUCGGUUCAAUGUCCAAGACCGUUCCUCAGCACACCAUAUCAGACGAUGAAACAGACAUUGAGGAUAUCGAAGCUGAAUCUAAUGCUACAGAGAAGCUACAAAAUUCUCCAAGUAAAGAGUCUUCACCAAAGAAAGCAGCGGUACCUGAGCACACCUUAUCAGAUGAUGAAACAGAUAUAGAAGACUUGGAAUCACCGACUGAAGUGCCAAAUAAGCCCGACUCAGAUUCAACAGUUACAGAGAAGCAAACAGAUUCAUUAACAAAGAAGAGGUCGGAGCACAGCGUUUCUGAUGAUGAUACUGAUAUGGAGGAAUUAGUUGUCCGAGCUGAAGUGCCCGAACCCCCUAAGACAGAGACAGAGAAUGAGAAGGAACUGUCAGCGUCAGGCAGCCAGUCGACUCCCUUGAGGAAAGAUGGAUCCAUGGAACAGGCAAAUUCUUCAAAGAAAAGACCUGUAUGCAAAUUUGGUGCUGAUUGUUAUCGCAAGAAUCCGUGGCACUUGGAGGAGUUUUACCACCCACACUUAGAGGACAAGGAUGGUGCUGGAGCUAAGAGGAAGUCAGAAUCAUCAAACAGCAUUUCAGAGCCGGCAGAAAAACGUAGAAGGGAAUCAGAUUCAGGGAGCUCUGCGAGGAAGGGUUCAUUUUCUAACAAAAACAUGCCCUUCCCAGCUCGCCUAGCAGCCAGCAGCCCUUUCAACUUUUUUGUGAACAAGAGUUACAGCGUAAAGGAGACUCAUGAAGACCCACUGAGCCUUGUCUUUCCUGACCUCCUCAAUCCGAAGCUGGGGGAAAUUGUUGAAUCUGUACAGCUUAAUUUCAUGGUGGAUUUAGAAUUCCUGAUGACCAAUUAUAAGGCUGGGAAAAUAGAGAGCAAACCUCUGCUUGUGAUGUAUGGCCAGAUGGAGGGCAACCCCAAGGACUACCCAGCUGUAACAUGCACAAAGGUAAACCUACCUUUCCAGUAUGGAACUCACCACACCAAGAUGAUGAUAUUCGAGUACACAGACAGCUUGCGGGUAGUCAUCCACACGGCCAACCUCGUACCCAGUGACUGGUAUGAGAAGACUCAAGGCUACUGGAUAUCGCCUGCUUUUCCUCUGCUGGAGGAAGGAAAGGCAGGGUUGUUGGAUGGAGAAUCGCCAACACGCUUCAAACGCGAUUUGGUGGACUACCUCACUUCAUACAAAGCCCCAGAUCUUACAAGAUGGUCACACAUCAUUAAGAAAUAUGACUUUACCAGCUGCAAUGCGGUGUUCGUGGGCAGCAGUCCAGGCUACCACGCGGGAGAACACAAGGACAAGUGGGGUCACAUGAAAGCGCGCAGGGCCAUUCGGCAGCAUGGCGGUUCUUGGACCUCUUCUGUGCCCAUCAUUGCUCAGUGUUCGUCUAUAGGGAGUUUGGGGAAAGACGCCAAGUCCUGGCUUAGUGGAGAGCUAGGGAUGAGCUUGACAGGAGCGCCUGGUGUCUGUGCAAGCGCUCCGAAGGUGAAUGUGAUCUACCCGAGCGAAGAUGACGUGUGCAACAGCAGUGAAGGUUGGAUGGGGGGUUCAUGUCUCCCUUAUAACUCUGGGACGCACGCCAAACAGACCUGGCUUACCGAGUGUAUGCACUGUUGGCGCAGUGACAGGAGAAAAAGAACACGAGUCAUGCCACAUAUCAAGACCUACACCCGCUUGAACAAGAGCCAGUCUGCUGCGCAAUUUUUCCUCCUAACCUCAGCCAACAUCUCAAAAGCUGCCUGGGGUACACUCCAGAAGCAGAACACGCAGUUGUUUAUUAGAUCAUACGAAGCUGGAAUCUUACUUCUACCUAAGUUCCUUACCGACACAUCCGAAAUCCCAUUAAGUGCUAAGGACCUUUCACUGCCUUACGACGUUCCACUGACUCCCUACCCAAGCGGUGCGAUCCCCUGGUUCAUGAACACAAACAAGACCCGGCCGGACGUCUUUGGCCGAACUUACCCUUGAGACAUGUUCUGCAUUUCUCUAAAUCUUUAUCAAUAUUAAUGUUUGAUGUAUCAAGUUAGUGGAAAUGUUGAGUUUUUUUUUUUUUUUUUUUUUUUUUUUCAAUCAUAAUCUUGUUAUUAAUUUUACCUCAUUACUUUUAUGAUCUGAUGUAAAAGAUUUUACUUUGAGAGAGUGCUAGUAGUCUUUUAAUGACAUUGGAGAAAAGACACGAUAUCUAUAAUGUAUUUUUAUAACUUCUGUGUAGUUCUAAUCCAUUUAUAAAGUUUUUAACCAUCUGAAAAAGUUGUUAAAAUUGCAAGCAUGUAGCUUUGCAUUAAGUGGCUUGCUGAUGUUGUUAGAUUAUUAUUGGGAGUUGCCAGCAUAAGCUAAAUUUAUCAUUCUCUGUUGACUCUUGCACUAAAAAGGGGAGGUGUUCUUAUGAGAAUCAGUAUACUUUGAACUUACAGGAAAUGUUUGUUUAAGAACACCUCUUCAAACACUUCACAUUGUCAUAUAUAUAUAUAUAUAUAUAUAUAUAUAUAUAUAUAUAUAUAUAUAUAUAUAUAUAUAUAUAUAUAUAUAUAUAUAAAUAUAUAUAUAUAGUGGGGCUUGGGGGAAAGCCCCCUGGUAAGGAAUUAUUUAUGUUCAUGUGGAUUCUCAGUUAAUAAUUGUACUAGACAUUAAAGGUCAUAUAGCAUUUUGAUAAAUGUGGACAGGAGAAGGGAAUGAAGAAGAGAAGGAAAAGGAAAGGGGGAGAAGAAAAGACCAUGCAAAAUUAGUUGAGGCGAGGUCUGAGGACCAAGGUAGCGCUGAUCCCUGGCAUUGGGCCUCAGUCUACUAACCCCCCCCCCCAAGACAGCAACAAACAAGGCAUUGAGGGGUUGUCAUGUAAUAAAGUACUUUCUUUAAAAAAGAAAGAAAAAAAAAAUCAAAUGUUUUCUAAUCAUGACAAUACUGGAAUUGAAACUCUUGAGGUCUUAUUGUAUGAUAAUGAGAUGAGUUGACAUGUUAGCGUCAGGGUAUGACUGUAGUCAGCAGAUGCCGGGUUUAGUUUGCCCUUUUUACUCUCCACUGAUGUGUUUGCUCCUAUUAUCCUUUUUACAGCUUUGUAUAUCUGUCUGUCUGUGUUGGUAGUUCCAGGGGACCUUCUCUUGCACCACCACGUAUGUAUUUUAUUCAUUCCUGCCUCUUAGAAAUCAAACCAUCUGUAAAAGCAAUGUAUUAUCCACAAAUGUGCCCCAGCCACAAGAAAGGGGCAAGAUACUGGAAGUCAGGCAUCAAAGGUUUUGGCAAAUGGACAUGGUAUCAAUUUCUCUAUCCCUAAGAGCUAUGAGCAUAUGAAACAGGGUUGUAAAAUGUCCAGAGAAGCUCCUAAAGAUUCCCAUGGUUCAGCUGUGGUUGAAGAAAUGUGCCAGUUGACUAUGACUGAUUUAAAAAGAGGAGCUAUACUCUGGAGUACUUGUAGAAGACGGAGAUGCAUAACAUGUUCCAACUCAUUCCAGGUCAUCAUUAUAUGCUCUCUUUUCCGUAUUUCUCUCACUUUUAAGCACCAUCUAAUUCCUAGAAAGUCUGUUGCAUCAUGGAGAUUAUAUUGAAUUACCAACCUCACUAAGUGCAUAUAUUACUAUUUAGGGAAUUAAUUACAAAGUUUAUAUUUUUUGUAGUUGGAUAUGAUGUUCUUUUCCACAUGUAUGCUAUAUUGAUGUUAUGUUUGUCAGAUUUUACAUGUACCUUCCCAGUGGUUAUAUCAGUGCUCAGUAACAGUGCUCUUUCAUUCCUUUGUAGUUAGAGACGUGAUUCAUGUUUUUCUUGUUAUAAUAAUAUCAACAGUUACACAAGUGUACUAAGCUGCCUUCUUGGUCAAGUAUUUUUACGGCAUUCAAAAAUAUUGAUGAAACUUGAGACAUAUUUUUGUACUAUGAAUAAAUGGAAAUGUUUUUACAUGUACAUAGCUCAAGUUACCUGAAUAUUGCUGGGUCUUUGAAUAUAUAUCAAGUGUACAGUAGUAGAGACACUAUCAGGGGAUCAAAGGGAGACACUGCUAAUUCUUUCACAGGCAAUGAUGAUUUACAGUCUGUGAUCAUCUUGGAAGUUUGUUACGUAUUUUUAUGCUAUUAUAACAACACGAAAGAGUAUUUGGAGCACGCCGAGAUGUGCCAUCAAGAGGAAUGUUGCUGUAAUUGGAACCAAAAUGGGUUGUUGGGCAGGCUGGGGCGUCUUUGAGACCAGGGUUGUGUUUGGCAAGUGGAGAGAGGAAUGAAAAGGAAAACUUUUCUUAGUUUGCUUAGUAUAAUCAAAGUCAGUCUGUACCAAACCUUGAGCCUCUUUUGUGCACACUUGGUCUUGUGCCUAUAGUCAGGAGCACAGGAAGGCUGACCAAUUAUUACACUAUUACAACAACACAAAAAAACUAAAUUUAAAAACAGUGUUCUCAAGCAACACAUCAGUCUAGUGUAUAGCCACUAAAGAGGUGAACCGCAGCUAUUAGGAUAAAUGUGCUCUAUUUUAAUUUUAAGAAUUAUUUUUUAACUUAUUUUUAAUGCUCUGAUUCAGGAACAUAUUGCUCUGGAAAUGUGUAAGCUAGGCAAAACAUUAUAUAUUUCUGAAAUCAAGUGAUCAUGAAUGUAGACUGUUUCUCUUAAAUCAAAUGUUUAUAAAUUGAAUCUGUACAUAUAUGCAUUUUCUCUACACUCAGGGCUUUCUUUUAUAAUCAUUCAUCAAUUUCCUUUUUUAUCGAGCAGCUGACUAGCAGCUCACAUCGUCCCUACUUGAAUAUAUUGCUUUUAUUUUGAUGUAAUAAUGUGUCACAAUCUCACACUACACUACAUGCUCA